AUGGCUGCUCUGUGGACUCUCCCUCUGCUCCUCUCUGCCUCUUUACUGGGAUGUUUGGCCAUGGCCCCUCCUGUUGGGCGACAUCAGCCCCACAACAUGCCCCCCAUGCUGGACUUCAACACCAGCGACGGCAGCCUGUCUGUGGAUCUACCUAUGGUACUGAGGGUGUUCAGCGUGGACUACCACCAUGUGCAGGCUCCCUUUGAGAUCGUGUUGUGGAUCAUGCUGGCCUCCCUAGCCAAACUGGGUUUCCACUGGUCAGGUCGAGUCCCAGCAGUUGUCCCAGAAAGCUGUGUCCUCAUCAUGGUGGGCCUCCUUGUUGGAGGGGUGAUCUACGGGGUCCGCCAUUCUGCUCCCCCGACUCUGAGCGCUGAUGCUUUCUUCCUCUUUCUGUUGCCACCUAUUGUCUUAGAUGCAGGAUACUUCUUGCCGGGGAAGCUGUUCUUCGAAAACCUUGGUACCAUUCUCUGGUACGCAGUGCUGGGAACCUUAUGGAACGUUCUGGGCAUCGGCCUGUCUCUGUACGGUGUUUGCCUGCUGGCUCCGAGCUCUUUAGGAGACGUCUCUCUGCUCCACUGCCUGUUGUUUAGCUCUUUGAUCGCUGCUGUCGACCCUGUGGCUGUGCUCUCUGUCUUCCAAGAGAUGCAGGUCAAUGAACAGCUGCAUAUCUUGGUGUUUGGAGAGUCACUGCUCAAUGAUGCAGUCACAGUGGUGCUCUACAAGUUGUUUGAGUCCUUCCUUCGCCUGCCGUCAGUGUCUGGGCUGGAUGUCUUGUUGGGGGGUUGCAGAGUGGUGGUGGUGGGCCUGGGAGGCCUGUUUGUAGGUCUCUUCUUCGGUCUGGUGGCAGCCCUGACCUCACGGUUCACCUACAGAGCCCAAGUCAUAGCCCCACUCUUUGUCUUCCUCUACUCCUACUUAUCCUACCUUACAUCUGAGAUGCUUCACCUCUCUGGUAUCAUGGCUAUCGUGACCUGUGCUGUGACCAUGAAGCAGUACGUGGAAGCUAACGUGUCAGAGCGCAGUAACACCAGCAUCCAGUAUUUCCUGAAGAUGUGGAGCAGUGUGAGUGAAACCUUAAUCUUCAUCUUCCUGGGUGUGUCCACCAUACAGGACGUCCAUAUGUGGAGCUGGCCCUUCGUCUGCUCCACGCUCCUUCUCUGCCUCAUCUGGAGGGCCACAGGUGUUCUUCUACUGACUGCUGUGGUGAACAAGCUUCGGAGGAAUGCAGUGACCUUCAGAGACCAGUUCAUCAUUGCUUACGGUGGCCUGAGAGGAGCCAUUUGCUUCUCCCUGGUUUUCCUGAUUGACGACUUCCCAAAGAAAAGACUCUUCAUCACAACUACCAUUGUGGUCAUUCUCUUUACUGUCUUUGUACAGGGGAUGACCAUAAAACCGCUGGUAGAGCUACUGGAUGUGAAGAGGAAGAAGAGAGCUCUCCCUACUAUCAGUGAAGAGAUCCACAGCAGGCUCAUAGAUCACUUGCUGGCAGGAAUAGAAGAUAUUGCUGGCUACUGGGGGCAGCACUACUGGAAAGACAAGUUUGGGCAGUUCAACAGGAAGUACCUCCGGCGGGUCCUGAUCCGUGAGGAUCACCAAAAUCGUUCCAGCAUCCUCAGAGUCUACCAGGAGCUGGAGAGGAGGGAGCAGAGAGGAGAUGAAGAGGCACCUCCAACAGUGGAUCCUCGGCCCAGUGGCCGUCUGCUCCUGCCAGACGAGAUGGACAGCAUCAGGCGGAUUCUCUCAAGAAACCUUCAAAACUUUCACAACAAGCAAACACCAGCUUACAGCAGACACACUCUGCACCAAGACAUCACCACGGACAGAACAAGGAAGCCCCUUCGCAGACACCAGAGUCUUGGAGACAGAUACACGUAUAAUACAAUUACACACUGGCCACAGGAAGAGGGUGGAGAGUUCAGUGAGCCACAUAGACUGAGAACAGGACUCAGCAGAUCUUACACAGUGUGCUCUAUAAGCUCGAGAUGGGUCCUUCCAGACUCUUCUGUCCCAGCAGCCUCAACUCAGACUCAGCCACUGGAUCCAAAACCUGCUUUACUGGAUCAGGUUUCUCAGCACCAGGUCCCGAUGGAAAGAGCCCCAAAGAAACAACUAGGCUUCAUUCUGGACAACGAGAAGCAGCAAUGAAGACAGUGAUGUAGAGAGGAAAAGUUGAAAAAGCAUAGCUCCAUGAAGUAAUCUGUUAUUGUUUUAGCCACAGUGGUCAGGUGCAACAAUGGGUUGAUGUAAUUUUAAUUUUUCAA